CUUUUAUUCUCUUUCUCAGUAUUUUAUUAAUAACUCCCCGAGCAGCUUAUGCCCUUUUCCUGGUUGCAAACAUAGCACCUUGUUGGAAGCCUACUGCGUUUACUGCCCAGCCCUCGCCAGAUCGCAUUAUUUUAACCACACAAACCAUCUGCCUCCCCCCGUUGUUCGUAUUCAACCUUCGCCCAUUCUCCUGACGUGCUACUUUUCUUUGCUCUCCUUCUCCUUUUUUGAUAAUCGACUUGCUGCAGUUACCACGCCCCUACUCUCUUCCCACCCUCUCCAACGACUUGCCAAAUACUCUGUAUAUGCUAUAACUCUUUCCCACAUUUUCCACACAUCCACACAUUUUUAUAAUGAAUAUCUUUCGCAGAAAGCGCGAUGCGGUAGCAGCGGCAACCAGCCAAGCCGCAACCGCCUUUGAGGAAGCCGAGGAUCUGCAUGACAACCAUGCGACUGUUUUUGAAUACACCGCAAAGCCAGCUAAGCGCCGGACAUAUUUCUCGUCUCUGCGCAGCAGCCCGCCGGCAGCAGACUCGCUGCAGCACCCAAAGCCCGCAGUCAUCCACUCGCACAUGGAGAUUGACCAGACACUGGUAACGCACGACUUGCCGGUGCGGCGCAGCUUCCUGGGCAUAAAGUUCACGCAUGAUAAGCACUCGACGCUGCGGGGCAAAAAGUCCAAGGGCCUGAUGCGGCGGUGGCAGCACGACGAGGGCGGCAGCAGCGGCAGCAGCGGCAGCAGCAGCGAGGGAGACUCAGAUGACACGCUGGCAACAAAGGAGCCGCGGGAACUGGAGCGCAGCACAAUCCGUGGUUCCGCUCCGGGGCGGCAGCUCUCGGCGUAUGCGGGCAAGGAUAUUAAUUGUGCGCUCCCGCCGGCAGCAUCUCCCAAAUUACAUCAGGUCCAGAUGGCCAGCAGCGCAAUGGCCAGCAGCUGUCACGAGGAUCGAGGAGCCCACCACAUGGCCACCUCAUCAGCGGAAUCGGGUGCGCCAGCAGCAGCAGGACCCGGUGUGGUUGGGGCCACUGCUGGAUCCAGUGUACAGCACCAGCAGCACCAGUACACUGCUGGCUCCGGGUCAGCAGUGGGCUAUAGCCCGGGUCAAGCUGGCAGCAGGGUUUCUGUGCUGGGUGGGGGGCAGCGUACACUGAGCCUGGCCCGGAAGACCGCCAUGCCAGCCACCACCAACAGGCAUCACCCAGCACUGGUCCCCAAGCCGGCGCCAGUGGCCAAGUCCCCACUUCUCAAUAUCGGCUUUCGGCAUCACCACCACAGGCACUAUAGGUCCAAUGCGUCUGGUUCGCCGACCACUAGCCCAGAGCUCACGCCAACCACCUCUGACACGCGCCAGACGCACGCCAAGAGCAAGCCCAGAGUCCACGACGGCGAUGCCUACGAAGGCACUGGUGCGCUUAGUGGGAUCCUGGCACCACCCCCGCCCUCGGCACACGAACAGCAGAAGAUGGAUGCAUGGGCAGCCGACGACGACGACGUCUCAAACUACGAGUACGACGUCUCGGGGGCGUUUUACGAUAUGCCGUCGCUGCCCAAGACAACAGCGGGCGACAUUGGCGACCGCUAUGCUCUGGCAGCUACGGUGAGCGGCAGCUCGUCUAAGCAGCAGCAGAAGCGCCACGACAGGCGUGGGUGCAGUUUCUCCAGCAUCUCGCCUACAAGCCGGCUGUCGUCCAGCUCGACAGUGAUCGAGAGCGAUGAGCUGACGGCAGAGCAGCUCAAGCGCAUCUUUGUGGCCAGCGCGCGCAAGCUGCGGUGGCAGAAGCCGCAGCGGGGGAUCUCGGGGCUCAUGCACAUCCGCAACACGAUGGCGCAGGCCAACACGCGGUACAUGGCCCGCAUGGGAGGCGAGCGGCUGGACAAGUACCAGCAGGUGAUUGUCUCGCUCAGCGACCUGUAUACAAACGAGGGCAGUGUGCCUAGCGCCAACCGAUGCGAUGGGUUGUACACGCUGCGAUCUGCAGGCGCACAAUGGCGUGUGGAUAGCGCGGCCCCCAGCCAGGGCUCCCAGAUGGUGAUGAGUCGGGACCAGCGGGCUGGCGAGGCCAGCGAAUCAGAUUCAGGCGUCGAUCAGUCGCCGAUUGCGGAUUCGGAGCUGCUGGGGUUCGGCAGUGGUGACUUGGUGUCACUGGUACCAGUGCGACUUGGCGAGCAGGCGCCCGUGUACCGGCCCAGGCGCCGCAGGGGUGCAGCGCGGCGCGGCAACUACCUGAUGCCGCUGCCAGCCAUCCCCGUCCAGUGAGAUGGAUGGGUUUUAUGUAACUUUUAUGUUUGUUUUUUCCUCUUGUGUAUUAAAUGCUUUAGAACCU